GACGUUGUAAUCAAACAAAAUUUCUGUUCAUCUCGAUGUGGGAUUUUUAUGUCUACUGAUCGUUUGCUCUUUGUCUCUGUGUGUUACAGAGUAAACGGGACCAUCUGCUGAUGAAUGUGAAAUGGUACUACCGCCAGUCAGAGGUGCCUGACUCUGUGUACCAGCACCUGGUGCAGGAUCGCAACAAUGAGAACGACUCCGGCCGGGAGCUGGUCAUCACAGACCCUGUGGUCAGGAGUCGAGAACUCUUCAUCUCCGACUACGUGGACACUUACCAUGCUGCUGCUCUCAGGGGGAAAUGCAACAUUUCCCAUUUCUCCGACAUUUUUGCUGCCCGGGAGUUCAGAGCCCGCAUUGACUCCUUUUUCUACAUUCUCGGAUACAACCCAGAGACCAGACGGCUAAACAGCACACAAGGGGAAAUCCGAGUAGGACCCAGCCACCAAGCCAAGCUCCCCGAGCUACAGCCUUUCCCCUCCCCUGGUGGCCAGGCCGUGACCGAGAAAGAGGAGCUGGUCUGGAUGCCGGGGGUCAACGACUGUGACCUUCUCAUGUACCUCAGAGCCGCAAGGAGUAUGGCUGCCUUCGCGGGCAUGUGUGACGGAGGCUCAACAGAAGAUGGUUGUCUAGCAGCCUCGCGAGAUGAUACUACAUUAAACGCACUUAACACUCUUCACGAGAGCAGCUAUGAUGCAGGAAAGGCUCUGCAGCGGCUGGUGAAGAAGCCGGUACCUAAACUGAUAGAGAAGUGCUGGUCUGAAGAUGAGGUGAAGCGCUUCAUUAAAGGGUUGAGACAGUUUGGCAAGAACUUCUUCAGGAUCCGGAAAGAGCUGCUGCCCAACAAAGAAACGGGGGAGUUGAUUACCUUCUACUAUUAUUGGAAGAAGACCCCUGAGGCAGCCAGUUGCAGAGCCCACCGCAGACACCGCCGCCAGCCCGUCUUUCGCCGCAUCAAGACACGAACAGCCUCUACUCCAGUCAACACCCCCUCACGGCCCCCAUCAAGCGAGUUUUUGGAUCUCAGCUCAGCCAGUGAGGAUGACUUUGACAGUGAGGACAGCGAGCAGGAGCUGAAGGGUUACGCCUGCCGCCACUGCUUCACUACCACCUCCAAGGACUGGCACCACGGGGGCCGGGAGAACAUCUUGCUUUGCACCGACUGCCGCAUUCACUUCAAGAAGUACGCCGAGCUGCCCCCCAUCGAGAAGCCUGUGGACCCGCCGCCAUUUAUGUUCAAACCUGUCAAAGAGGAAGAGGAUGGACUCAGUGGGAAGCAUAGCAUGAGGACCCGACGGAACCGAGGCUCGAUGUCAUCGCUACGUAGUGGUCGUAAGAAGCAGACAGCCAGUCCCGAUGGCCGAGCCUCGCCUACCAAUGAGGAUUUGCGCUCCAGCGGACGGACUUCACCCAGCGCUGCGAGCACCGACAGCACCGACAGCAAGACAGACUCCAUGAAGAAGCCAAGCAAGAAGAUUAAAGAGGAAGCUCCUUCCCCGAUGAAGAGUGCCAAACGGCAAAGAGAGAAGGGAGCUUCAGACUCAGAAGAGCCCGAGAGGGCUAAUGCCAAAAAGUCCAAGACACAGGAGCUGAAUCGGCUGGACUCCCCAUCAGAAUGCGAGGGAGAGGGCGAGGGAGAGGGCGAGAGCUCUGACGGGCGAAGCAUUAAUGAAGAACUCAGUAGUGAUCCAAAAGACAUUGACCAAGACAACCGGAGCUCUUCCCCAAGCAUCCCCAGCCCCCGUGACAAUGAGAGUGACUCGGACUCAUCCGCCCAGCAGCAGCAGCUCCUGCAGAGCCAGCACCCCCCGGUCAUCCAGUGUCAGCCGGGCACCUCGGCCGCCCCUUCAGCACCUCCUCCACCUACAACCUCAACCCAAGCACUGCCCCCACAGGUCUCCCCUGCAGCUGCCUCCACCUCUCUACCUCCUCAUCCUCUGCCCCAGACCAGCCCUCUCUCUCUCAUCCAGUCCGGAGCAUCGCUCCACCCUCAAAGGCUUCCUUCUCCUCAUUCACCUUUGACUCAGGCUCCGCCCCCUGGCCCCACAGUCCCACCUCAGUCUUUACCCAGCCCGCAUCAUGGGUCCAUGGCUCCCAUGCCGCAUCCACUACAGCCUGGACCUUCCCAUAUGCCACACCCUCACGCCAUGACCCCUCAGGGAUUCCCCGUGGGUCCUUCUCAGGUCCCAGCCCCACCAGUUUCUGGCCAGUCGCAGCAGAGGGCUCACACGCCUCCUUCUCAGUCCCAGACAUCAGCUCAAAGUGGGGGCCAACCUCCCAGAGAGCAGCCACUGCCUCCAGCACCAAUGUCAAUGCCUCACAUCAAGCCCCCUCCAACUACACCCAUCCCGCAGAUACCUGCCUCACAGUCUCACAAACACCCGCCCCACGUCUCAGCACCCCCAUUCCCUCAGAUGCCAUCAAACCUGCCUCCACCUCCAGCCCUCAAGCCCCUCAGCUCCUUAUCCAACCAUCACCCUCCAUCAGCACAUCCACCCCCGCUCCAGCUCAUGCCUCAGGGGCAGCAGCUCCAACCUCCACCAGCCCAGCCUCCAGUUCUCACCCAGUCUCAAAGCCUGCCGCCUUCAGCCAGCCACCAGCCUCCUGCAGCUUCUCCGCUCCCGCCCUCCGCAGCGGCCUCGCACCCCAACGGACCACCUCAACCGCCUUUCUCUUCUCAUCCCUUCAGUACAGUUCUACCUCCAACUGGCCCUCCCCCAUCCUCCUCAAACUCUAUGCCAGGCUUACAACCUCCAUCUUCUUCCGCCCCGUCCGCUUCCAUCUCCAUGCCACUUCCUGCCUCAGUAACCUGUUCUGGUGCUGGCCCAACAAUCCCACCCGUACACAUCAAAGAGGAGCCUCUGGAUGAGCCGGAGGAGCCUGAGAGUCCACCACCCCCUCAGAGAAGCCCCUCCCCAGAGCCUACAGUCGUCAACACACCCAGCCACGCCAGCCAGUCAGCACGGUUCUACAAGCACCUGGACCGGGGUUACAACUCUUGUGCGAGGACCGACUUCUAUUUCACUCCGCUUGCUUCAUCUAAGCUGGCCAAGAAGCGAGAGGAAGUUCUGGAGAAAGCCAAGAGGGAAGCAGAGCAGAAAGCAAGGGAGGAGAAGGAACGAGAGAGGGAAAGGGAAAAAGAACGGGAACGCGAGCGUGAGCGAGAGAAGGAGGUCGAGCGGGCUGCGAAAGCGUCCAGCUCCUCUCAUGAAGGCAGAAUGGGCGAGCCUCAGAUGGCUGGACCGGCUCAUAUGCGCCCGCCGUUUGACGGGCCUCCGACUACGAUCGCGGCUGUACCUCCGUAUAUUGGCCCCGACACCCCUGCCCUGCGCACCCUCAGCGAGUACGCCAGACCCCACGUCAUGUCGCCCACCAAUCGAAACCACCCGUUCUUUGUGUCCCUCAACCCCGCGGACCCGCUGCUGGCUUACCACAUGCCCAGCCUGUACAACGCUGACCCGGCCAUGCGGGAGCGCGAGCUGCGGGAGCGGGAAAUGCGCGAGAGGGAGAUUCGCGAGAGGGAACUUAGAGAAAGGAUGAAACCCGGCUUCGAAGUCAAACCUCCAGAAAUGGACACACUCCACCCCUCCACAAACCCCAUGGAGCACUUUGCCAGACACGGGGCCAUCACCCUGCCCCCCAUGCCCAGCCCGCACCCGUUUGCCUCCUUUCAUCCGAGCCUGAACCCACUGGAUCGUGACCGGCUAGCUCUGGCAGGGCCCCAGCUUCGGCCAGAAAUGAGCUACCCAGAGAGGUUGGCUGCAGAGAGACUCCACGCUGAGAGGAUGGCCACAGUGGCCAAUGACCCCAUUGCCCGCCUGCAGAUGUUCAACGUCACGCCACACCACCACCAGCACUCGCAUAUCCACUCCCAUCUCCACCUCCACCAGCAAGAUCCACUACACCAAGGCUCGGGGGGCCAUCCCCUGGCAGUCGAUCCCCUGGGAGCUGGACCUCACCUGGCCCGCUUCCCGUACCCUCCCGGCAGCAUCCCCAACCCCCUCCUGGGCCAGCCGCCGCACGAGCACGAGAUGCUGCGCCACCCGGUCUUCGGUGCUCCAUACCCACGGGACCUACCGGGAGGCCUCCCGCCGCCCAUGUCAGCAGCCCACCAGCUGCAGGCCAUGCACGCCCAGUCCGCCGAGCUCCAGAGGCUGGCCAUGGAGCAGCAGUGGCUCCACGGCCACCAUCACAUGCACGGAGGGCCGCUGCCUGGUCAGGAGGACUACUACAGCCGGCUGAAGAAAGAAAGUGACAAGCAGCUGUAA